GCCACGAACCUCAUCUGAGUUUGCGGAUAGCUUCAUUCCCUCCUUGCGAAUUUCGCCACACACACAUAGUCUGCUACCUUAGUGCAUUAUAAGUACCUGAAGAAGCAGGUCAUUAAAAAAUGGCGGGCAACCUCUUCCGCUCAGAGGAGAUGUCCCUCAUUCAGCUCUACAUACCGUUGGAGAUUGCUCAGCCGACUGUUGCGGAGCUUGGUGAGCUUGGGCAAGUUGAAUUUCGAGAUCUGAACCCGAAUGUGAACGCUUUUCAACGCGCAUUCGUGAAUGAAAUUCGCCGCUUGGACGAAAUGGAAAGGAAACUGCGCUUUCUUGAAAGCCAAAUUCACAAGGCGGAAAUUCCUGUUCGUCCGUUAGAUAGCAGCAUGUAUUAUGCUCGCUCGAGAACGCAGCAGGAGAUUGAUGAGCUUGAAGAGCGGCUGAACGACUAUGAAGCGCGUAUUCAGCAAAUGAUUACCUCAUUGGAAACUUUAAACAAGAGAUACCUCGAGCUCACCGAGUUGCGACACGUAUUGCGCGAAACCGCGAUAUUUUUUGAUGAGGCGACUUCUCGAACUGAGGACAUUCUGGGAGCGCCUCACCGGGAAGAUACCCACCUAUUGGCGCCAGCAGGUACACUUGAGCAACCAGAUGACAGCGAGGCUGCAGAACGUGGAGAAAGCGCUUUGCGAACGGCCAAUCUCGGUUUUGUAGCUGGAGUUAUUCCUCGCUCACGCAUGGGAACUUUCGAGCGUAUUCUUUUCCGAGCACUUCGUGGCAACCUUUACAUGAAUUAUGCAGAGAUUGAUGAGCCCAUUAUCGAUCCUGCGACAGACGAAGUGGUUCAAAAGAAUGUCUUCAUAAUUUUUGCCCAUGGGAAGCAACUUCUAGCCAAAAUACGCAAGAUAUGCGAGAGCAUGGGUGCUACUGUGUACCCAGUCGAUGAGCGGCCAGAAAAGAGGCGUGAGGACGCGCAGGAGGUCCUCAACAGACUGGAAGAUCUGAAGCAUGUUCUUGAUAACACCCGUAAUGCGCGACGUAUUGAACUUGCCAAAGUCGCUGAAAACAUGGAAUCGUGGUCUACGAUUGUUAAGAAAGAAAAGGCGAUCUACCAUACAAUGAAUAUGUUUAAUUACGACGUCAACCGAAAGGCUCUCAUUGCAGAGGGCUGGUGCCCCACUCUAUCCAUCAAUGCUCUUCAAUACUCUUUGCGUGGUGUUACGGAGCGGACAGGGUCGACAAUUCCUCCAAUUCUAAAUGAGUUGCGAACGCGAUUGACACCGCCGACUUACCAUCGCACAAAUAAGUUUACCGCGGGGUUCCAAGAUAUUGUAGAUGCAUACGGUGUCGCUACCUACCGAGAGGUUAAUCCAGGUCUCUUCACCGUGAUUACCUUCCCGUUCCUCUUUGCCGUGAUGUUUGGGGACUUCGGACACGGUAUCUUUAUGACCGCCAUGGCCGCCUGGAUGGUCAUACAGGAGAAAAAGCUGGCCAAGAUUAAGGAUGAGAUCUGGCAGAUGUUCUUUGGGGGCCGAUAUAUCAUUCUUCUCAUGGGGGCUUUCUCCAUUUAUACGGGUCUUAUCUAUAAUGAUAUCUUUUCGAGGGCCAUGAACCUUUUCGGAAGCGGAUGGGAGUUUCAUGAACGUGGUGGAAAAUGGUAUGGUGAAAAGAAAUGGACCUAUGUUUUCGGAGUCGACCCGGCUUGGCAUGGUUCGGACAAUGCUUUGUUAUUCUCCAACUCGUAUAAAAUGAAACAGGCUAUCGUGUUUGGAGUCAUGCAUAUGACCUUCGGUAUCUGUUUGAACGUGUGCAAUUACACGUACUUCAAAAAGAAAAUGAGCAUCUACACCGAGUUUUUACCGCAAGUCAUCUUUUUCCUAAGCAUUUUCGGCUAUUUGGCGAUUUUGAUUAUUUACAAAUGGGCAACCUACUGGCCUGACCCUUCGCGCGCUCCGGGUUUGCUGAAUACCCUGAUUUACAUGUUCUUGUCCCCCGGGAGUGUUGCUGAAAAGGAUCAGUUAUUCAAGGGACAGGCCGGCCUGCAAGUAUUUCUGCUGCUCGUGGCGUUUGUCUGUGUACCCUGGAUGCUAUUCGCAAAGCCUUAUUUUUUGAACAAGGAGCACCAGAAGCGCGGGGGACUAGGAUAUGCGAACUUGUCGGAUGAGAAUUUACCGGAGAACAGGACAUCGAGUGGAUCUUCUGACCCUAGGCCGUCAGAGGAAGGCGAUGGUGGACAUGUAGAGAUGUCACACGAUGGUCAUGAGCAUUUUGAUUUCGGAGAAAUCAUGAUCCAUCAAAUGAUUCACACGAUCGAAUUUUGUUUGGGCACGAUUUCCAACACGGCAUCGUAUCUUCGUCUCUGGGCUUUGUCCCUAGCUCAUGCGCAGCUGUCCGAGGUGUUAUGGGUCAUGGUGAUGGGAAGCGCUCUAACAAGGACCGGGCCCUUUCUCCCUUUUGCCCUUGUGAUUGCAUUUUGUAUGUGGUUUGUGUUGACCAUAGGCAUUUUGCUUCUCAUGGAAGGCCUCUCGGCAUUCCUGCAUGCUUUGCGUCUGCACUGGGUGGAAUUCCAGAACAAAUUCUACGGCGGCACUGGCAAGAAGUUUGAACCCUUCGCUUUUGCCAGGAUUCUUGCCGAAUCCGAGGAAUAGAAACAAUGGAUUCUAGUGUAGUCUGCGACAACCGGAAUAGAGAACGAUUCUUGUGUAGUCUAAGCCAACGAAAUAAACGCGUGCUACUACAGA